AUGGAUCUGCGUUUGCUGAGAGCGCCCCAAACAACCAUCGCAAUUUUGCCAACUCUGAGCUUCACGGAAAAUGACUCCAGCUGCGGGGAGCAGAUUCUUAGCCACGGGAAUGUGGAGAAGGUGCUUAUCGGAGGAGUUCUCACUGUGCUCACUUUGUUCACUAUUUGCGGGAACUUACUUGUGGUGAUAUCCGUGUGCUUUGUGAAGAAGCUGAAACAGCCCUCCAAUUAUCUAAUUGUCUCUCUGGCCGUGGCAGACCUGUCCAUAGCGGUGGCGGUGAUGCCCUUUGUCAGCAUCACGGACCUCAUCGGGGGGCAGUGGAUCUUCGGACAGGUGUUCUGCAACGUUUUCAUUGCCAUGGACGUGAUGUGUUGCACUGCUUCGAUCAUGACCCUGUGUGUAAUAAGCAUAGACAGCUGUCACAGGUACCUAGGCAUAACUAAACCCUUAACCUACCCUGUGCGACAGAGUGGGAGAUGCAUGGCGAAAGUAGUUCUGUCUGUGUGGCUGCUGUCUGCUUCCAUCACCCUGCCCCCGUUGUUCGGCUGGGCCCAGAACGUCAACGAUGACAAGGUGUGUCUGAUCACCCAAGACGUGGGCUACACCAUCUACUCCACCGCCGUUGCAUUCUACAUCCCCAUGUCGGUGAUGUUGAUGAUGUACUACCGCAUCUACCGAGCAGCCAAGGUGAGCGCCGCCAAGCACACCAUCCUAGGCUUCCCCAAGGCAGAGGACGAGCGUAACAGUGUUGACUGUGUGGCUGCGGCCUUUAAGCUCCAGAAGGAGGUGGAGGAGUGUGCCAGUUUCUCUCGUCUGCUUAAGAACGACAGGAAAAACAUCUCCAUCUUCAAGCGGGAGCAGAAGGCGGCCGCUACGUUGGGGAUCGUUGUGGGGGCCUUCUCUGUCUGCUGGCUGCCCUUCUUCCUGAUGUCCACGGCCAGGCCCUUCAUCUGUGGGGUAGAAUGUAGCUGCGUUCCCCUCUGGGUGGAAAGGUUUCUCCUCUGGCUGGGCUACGCUAACUCCCUCAUCAACCCAUUCAUCUAUGCCUUCUUCAACAGGGACCUGAGGACCACCUACCGUAACAUCUUGCUCUGCAGGUACAGGAACAUUAACCGCAAACUCUCCGCUGCCUGCAUGCACGAGGCCAUCAAACUGGCUGAGAGACCGGAUCUGGAGAUCUAGAACAGUGUUUCUUAAACUUCUCUAACACUUUGCUACACAAGGACCGGCAAACUAUGGUUUAGAUCAGGGUGUCAAACAUUUGACUGCGGCCUGUGAGUGGUUUGAGUAAUAAACAAAAAACUCAAUGUAGUGAUAAUGGACUUACAUUUUUAUAGUCUCUUCACUCUGUCCAUCUUGUUAACAAUCAUCAAAACGAAAGCCUAACAGUCAGGGAGCAUCAAAAUUACAAAAAUGAGGUGCAAAAUGUGUUUGACACCCCUGGUUUAAAUGAAAACUUGGGCUUGACAUAUGACUAAAUUGGAGCAGACAACCAUCUGUGGUCCACAGGUCCACAGACCAGGGGUUGAAAAACACUACUCUAGACUGAGGAAUCCUAUUCAGUUCAUGAGUAGAGAAGGCUACAUGCAUGUGUAUAGAUUAACUGACAUUAUUGUUCAUACCUGGCACACACAAGAACAUUAGAUCCACAUCUUGUCAGGUUAUACACAGUACAUUUUGCAGUGUUCAUUUCACUUAAAGAGUUCAUUUUAACACUACCUCAGAUAACAUAUAGUCCCACUCUACAGAGUGUAAAAAGUACUCUGAUUGUAGUGUUACAUUUUGAGUGUUAAUGUAACAAUUCAUAUUAGAAAAUAUUAACAUUGCAUUUCACGUGCCACUGUUACAGUAAGUGAUUUUGGGUGUUGUUUUAACACUAUUUGGUGUAAAAAGCCAAAUUUGCAUAUUUCCCAUGGUGCCUUUUCUUUUCAAUUGAAUUGUAGCAUUACCACCCAUGACUAUAUUUGUUAGUGACAAAGACAUGGUUGUUGAAUUCUUUCCUUUUAAAGACCUGUUAUAAUAAAAAAUGUAACUUUAUGAAAAUAGAUUACAUAUAUCAUAAGGCUUUAAUUUGCUAACAAAUCCUAACUCGCUAACAAUUGGUUUACAAAUUACAGGCCACAUCAGGCCUGCAAGUCCCAUUAUGCUGACUGGCAAAGGGAUGUCUAAUUCCUUUUUUAAAUCCAGCCAGUUAGGAUAUCCAACAGUUGGAAUUUCUAUUUACCCUCAACCUGCAUUCAGAAUGACUACCAGGGUUAGCAACCUGGUCUCAGAGCAUUUCGUAUUAUUCUGUAUGUAAAUCU